AUGUGGUCCGACUUCGCGAGAUCAACAAAAUUUACUGCUGGAAACAGCACAACGACCCGAGUGGAAGCCAAUUGGAGCCAACUGAAGCCGUCGACUGGAUCGGGAAUGCGUUUGGACAGAACGGUUGGCCGCCUGCUAGAUCAUUUGAUCAGUAUCCUCCGGGAGCUGCUUACGCGCAAAUCUGGCGAGCAGUGGACAUGGCUCAUGAGGGACGUGUCAACAUCAUCCCGAACGUAUGCUGUCAACGACAUCGACCGGACUUGCUCGUGUCUAUUUUAUUCGAGCUACCGCUUGCCGUGCCGCCAUCUGAUGUUUGUGGCCCAAAAGAUACAUCGGUUUGCGGAGAUGCCGACUUCAUCUCUUCCGUCCCGUUGGUCAAUGAGUGAACUAAUUGGUUUUAGUGGCGAGUUGGAGGAAAGCGUGAGCGCUCUCACUUCUACAGCGGAUAUGAUGAAACUGCGUGGACCCCGUCCUGGUGACACUAGUGCAUUGGAUACCCAAGAGCAGGCAACGCGAUCUCGUGAGGAGGUCUGA